UCCUCAGGCAGUCUGUGUGCGCCUCCCUUUGUGCCUCUCCACUCAAGAUGGCUCCCGUUUUAGAGAAGAAGCUACUGGGCGCAGCCGGGACAGGCGACACUAUGGAAAACAGCAACGAGGAUGAUGAAGGACAAAACCUCUGGUCUUCAAUCCUCAGCGAAGUUUCCACACGCUCCAGCUCUAAAUUGCCUUCUGGGAAAAAUAUAUUGCUUUUUGGGGAGGAUGGUUCGGGAAAGACAACACUCAUGUCAAAACUUCAAGGAGCGGAGCACAAUAAGAAAGGUAGAGGGCUGGAAUACUUGUACCUGAAUGUCCAGGAUGAAGACAGAGAUGAUUUGACUCGCUGCAGCGUGUGGAUCCUGGAUGGAGACUUGUACCACAAAGGCUUGCUGAAGUUUGCAGUGACCGCUGAGUCGCUGAAGGACAGUUUAGCUGUGUUCGUGAUGGACAUGUCACGGCCUUGGACCAUCAUGGAGUCGUUGCAGAAGUGGACGAGUGUGCUUCGUGAACACGUGGAUAAACUGAAGAUCCCACCUGAGGAAAUGAAAGAGAUGGAGCAGGGCAUGGUUAAGGCCUUUCAGGAGUAUGUAGAACCAGAGGAAUCCACGCCAGGCUCACCCCAAAGACGAGCUCCAGCAGCUCCGGGAGAAGAUGAGAGUGUACUGCUGCCCCUGGGAGAAAACGUCCUCACACACAACCUGGGCAUUCCAGUGCUCAUAGUUUGCACAAAGUGUGAUGCUGUCAGUGUACUGGAGAAGGAGCACGACUACAAGGAGGAGCAUUUUGACUUCAUUCAGUCACACAUCCGGCGGUUCUGUCUACAGUAUGGAGCUGGCUUGAUUUACACUUCAGUCAAAGAGGAGAAGAACCUGGACCUUCUCUACAAAUACAUGGUGCACAAAAUAUAUGACUUCCAGUUUACUACGCCUGCCUUAGUAGUGGAGAAGGAUGCUGUGUUCAUUCCAUCCGGAUGGGACAAUGAUAAGAAAAUUGCCAUCCUGCAUGAAAACUUCACAACGGUUCGACCUGAAGAUCCCUUUGAGGACUUCAUAACAAAACCUCCUGUACGAAAGUUGGUGCAUGACAAGGAAAUCAGUGCAGAGGAUGAGCAGGUCUUCCUCAUGAAGCAGCAGUCAUUGUUAGCCAAGCAGCCGGCCACACCAACAAGAGGAACAGAAUCUCCUGCACGGACUGCGUCUGGUUCACCUCGGCCGACAGGCCGAACAGGGCCCACCAAUGUGGCUAGUGUCUCGCCCAUGACUGCGGUGAAGAAACCAGACCCCAACAUGAAAGGAGCAGCAGCAAAUGAGGGAGUGCUGGCCAACUUCUUCAACAGCCUGCUGAGUAAAAAGACGGGUGUGCCGGGCAGUCCUGGGACACCAGGAGCGGCAGCAGGAGCAGGCUCACAAGGCUCUGCCAAGAAAACAGGGCAGAAGCCGGGUUUGACUGACGUCCAGGCGGAACUGGACCGAAUGACUCGUAAACCCGACUCAAUGGUAACGGCCAACAACACCCCUGCGACAGAGAACGAGGCAUGAGAGCGCCAACGGCAUCGUCCACUCUGGAAAUCAACAUGUAAUGACAUAAAGGAGAAAAGAAAAAAAAGCUAUUCAUGACCAAAAUUCCCCCCACCUUGUGUGUCAAUCAGCAAACAGACCGUGGUUUACCGAAAGUGUUGGGAUGUUGUGGGGGAAAGAGAGGUAGAUGUUUGAAAAGAUGCAACUGCUUUUCUUUGUUUUCAUUUCCAGACCCCUUUCUAUGUUUGUUUGUUUGUUUAUUUGUGGUGAUUAAUUUUUGGUGUGGCAUAUGGCAGGUCAGGGUGCUCUGUCCUUAAGGAGGCAGUCAAACCUCUGAAAUGUGGGGACUUGCUUAGCUUGGGGAACUUUUGACGGCACCCAUUCCCCUCCUCCUGACAAGAGCAGAAACGCACUGCUGCAUUCAACGCACAGUCGCUUCAAGUGUUGCAAUCAACUACAACUACUGCUAAAAGCCUAAAUAUAUUCAUUGAAAACAAGAAGUACUUGCAAAAAGUAUAUAGUGUGUACAAACAUAGUUACAUUUAUGCUGAUGUAUUUAUAAAAAAGAAAGCAAAUCAAGCUUUUAUUUUCUCUCUGUGUUUUAUCAGUGAGACGUUAAGCUUCACUUAACAUGGUUAACAUCACUGAUGUCAUGACACUAAUGACAAAUACCCAUUGGCCUUCAGCAUACAAGAAUGGCAGACUUUGCCACACCGCCUCUUCGAAUUAUGUAAAUAUGCGCUAAAUAUUUGCUAUACGAGCUUUGAUUUGAUUUUGUAUAAAAUUGAAUUGUUUUAACAAUUUAUGAAGAACUAUUUCAGAUGAAACAAGCAUCAGGCUGAGCUUUUUCUUUUGGCUAUGGUUGUUUUUGGAGGAGAGGGGCAGGGCGGCAUCUUUUCCUAGUAUAACUCCCAAGUGCCUGUGUCAUAGUGGAGGUGCUUGUCUCCAAAAGAGGAAUUGCACUGUAGCAUCAACAGUCAAUUGUGUUUUUUGUUUUGUUUUUUUUUGGUUCAGCUUUGUGUAAUUUAUUUUUGUUUGUCUGUGGUCAUUGCUUUUUUUUUGCUACAAUUACACAUUUUGCUUACUUCAGUGGCCUAGAUACUUUUUUUUUUGCUGCCAUAGGGAGCUUGCCUUUCAUUUGCGAAUGUCAGCGUCCACAUAAAACGCGUUUCACAUCUCCCAGUUGGAAAUUGUGGCUUAAACCACUAGCGCCAUUCUUCUGGCCAAGUGACUGUAUGUCGUGUUUGUUUUUGUCGGUCCUUACAAAUGAGAUCUCAGAUUUGUUUUUAUAUGUUACCUGAGGACUGUAAAGCGAUUUACGUAAAACAUUCCCGGUUUCUGUAGACGACCCCGUAAGCGACGCAUUUUGUUUCGUGUGCCCUGCCUCAGUGCCCACUGGAAGUGACGACUUGCCUUCAGUGUAGCGUUCACUGUUGUCACUCCACAUGCUCUGUCUCUUCACUCAGGGUAGUUCUGAGUCCAUACAACAGCCUUGUUCGUCUUCAUAGUAAAUUUCUCAACAUUUUCUUCCACUACUGAUACUGUAUCGUAUUCCUGUUAUUUUUGGUCGCUGAGUUUAUUUAGCUUGACAAAUCAUCCAGAGACAUGAUGUAAUGGUUUUCUAAGGUUCGCAACCUUAACGUUAUAGUGGAGAAACUGUAAAUUGUGCAGCUAAAGUGGCUUUUAAGUGAUCGUUACAUUUUCAGAUGAAAACGGAAACGCAGAGAAUUGGAAUCUGGAACCAAAGAUGUAGAAUCCACAUGUUAUGUCUAUGUCGAGUAGCUGCCCUAAAUUCCUCCCAGGUGGCCGCUCUUGGCUGAGCCUGGAGAAGCCAUCAUUCCAAAACGGAUCCUCUGCUUAUACUGUGGUGGUCUGUGUUCAAUGUCCCGCUUUUUUCCACUAGAGUUUGAAGUCUUUGUCCUCCUUUUUAAGCUCUUCAAGGGAAUAGACCACGAGACGUGUAGAGUUUACUGUUGUUUUGCAUGAACUUGUGUUAGAAAUAUGAAAAGAAGAAUCUCAUACCAAACUAGAGAUAAGGAAUUGACAUUUAUGCUGCAUAAUAUUGCUUAACGGUUUCCAUUUAUGAUGGGCAGGGCUAAAGCAUUUGCUGAUAUUCAAGCACAACAUUAAGUCUGGACUAUAUACCUCUUGUUUUAGUGGUUAAGGUUUUUCAUCUAUUCAGAUUCUCGAGGCUGCCACUAACGAUGCCUCUGAUCACAUAACAUUCUACCUGCUUUCAGAACCGCUCAUAUAACCUUAAAUGCACUUAAGUAUUUCAUUGCAUUUUCUGUGUGACUGAAAUCUCACCGUCUAAAUAUCACUGACACAUUCCUGUGAACGUGCUUCAAUAUUAUUUCAUGGCGUUGUAACUGUUUUACUGGAAGUGAAGAACUGUUAUUCAUCAUCAAAAGUAACAUUUUGGCUAUUUAACCCCCCCCACACACACACACAAAUUUUGACACUUAUUGAUUUUAAUAGUAGCUUGGUGCAACUUAACGGGCUCAGAAAUUGAAAAACUAACAAGCUGCUUCUGAGAUGCCUGAAGUACUUGAAGAAGCUUCUUAACUCAGAACCCAUCUGUUUUCCCAAAGGAUGCACACACAACGGAUAAAUGUCUAAGGAUGUCCACCAAAAGAAACAAGUUCAACUUGGCUUCAGCAUUAUUGAUUUCUUUCCCUUGGUUGGGGGGUGAUUGCAAUUAAAUAACGAACAGCACAUUUUAUAUGUAUUUCAUUCAGAUUAGGAUGAAAGUUGACCGCUUUGUUCUGUAUAAUCCUUCUAAUAUGCACUUACCCCUGUAAGUAAGAAAAUGUUGAGAAACUGCUUUGGCUUCCAAAAUUUCUAUACAGGAAUUGAGAGACCUUUCUAUUCACACAAAGGACUGUGUUUGUGUGCUAUAAGUUAAAGUGAGUUUGACUGUAUGGCUUUAACUUGAUGCAGUAUGUGGCCAUGUGAAAUCUUGCUCUUAAUGCAAACAAAGAUAAGGAAAUGUCUUUUUUUCAGUCCUGGCUUAAAUAAAAUACAAAUCCAGACUACAA